AUGUGUGGCGUCACGGCCCUGUUGUUGGGCGACACCUCGGCCAGCACGGCUGCCAUCGAUCUUCACAACAGUCUUUACUUCUUACAACAUCGAGGGCAAGACGCAGCGGGUAUCACAUCAAAUCAAGGAGGACGUCUGUACCAAUGUAAAGGAAACGGACUCGUCGCCAAAGUCUUCGACGAGGGCAAGCGGAUACAGAACCUGCCCGGGUCCUCCGCCAUUGCGCACCUGCGCUAUCCUACCGCUGGCACGUCGUCGGCAUCAGAAGCCCAGCCCUUUUACGUGAACAGCCCCUUUGGCUUGUCACUGGCGUGCAACGGCAACCUCGUCAACAACGAGGAGCUGCAAAAAUACCUCGACCUCGAGGCGCGCCGACACAUCAACACAGACUCGGACUCUGAGCUCUUGCUCAACGUCUUCGCCCACGCGCUCGGCGAGCUCGGCAAAGCGCGCGCCAACGUCGAGGAUGUCUUCAAAUCGCUCCAGGACGUCUACGCCCGCUGCAACGGCGCCUUUGCCUGCACCGCCCUCAUCGCCGGCUUUGGCAUCCUCGGCUUCCGGGACCAGAACGGCAUCCGCCCCCUGAUGAUUGGCGAACGGCCCUCGGAGACCAAGGCCGGCGCCAAGGACUACAUGAUGGCCUCCGAGUCCAUCGCGCUGCAGCAGCUCGGGUUCAAGAACAUCAGGGACAUUCUCCCCGGCGAGGCCGUCUUCAUCGAGAAGGGGGGGCAUCCUCAGUUCCGCCAGAUUGUGGAACCGGUGUCGUACACGCCGGAUCUCUUCGAGUUCGUCUACUUUGCCAGGCCCGACUCGACCAUUGACGGCAUCUCCGUCUACAAGAGUCGGCGCUUCAUGGGCUCCAAGCUGGCCAAGCGGAUGAAGGAGACCAUGAAGGACCUCGUGGACGAGAUUGACGUGGUCAUCCCCGUUCCCGAGACGAGCAACACGGCCGCCGUCGACAUGGCCACCGAGCUCGGCAAGCCGUGCUCCAACGCGUUUGUCAAGAACCGCUACGUCUUCCGCACCUUUAUCCUGCCCAACCAAAAGGCGCGCAUGAGCGGCGUCCGCCGCAAGCUGUCGCCCAUUCAGUCCGAGUUCAAGGGCAAGGUCGUCUGCCUGCUCGACGACUCCAUCGUCCGCGGCACCACCUCCAAGGAAAUUGUGCAGAUGGCCCGCGAGGCCGGCGCCACAAAGGUCAUCUUCGCCUCGUGCUCACCCGCCGUCAAGCACCCGCAUGUCUACGGCAUCGACCUCGCCGACCCCAAGGAGCUCAUCGCCCACUCGCGCACCGACGACGAGAUCGCCCACCUCAUCGGCGCCGACCGCGUCAUCUAUCUUGACCUCGCCCAGUGCGUCGAGGCCUGCAUCGAGGCCCGCGUCGAGCCCGUCGUCGGCGGCAUGGAUAUAUCCGCCUUUGAGGUUGGCGUCUUCAACGGCCAGUACCGCACCGCCAUCCCGGACGGCUACUUUGACCACCUGAGCUGUCUGCACGGUAAGAAGAAGAUCAAGAAGCUGCAGGAGGAAGGGGUGGGCGGCGGCAGCGACGCGCAGACACAACCCGUGGCCGCGGUCGUCAACGGUGGCCCCAUGAACGUGUCCGCGCCGCCGGAGACGCACAAGACGCCAGGGGAGAAGAGCGACAUUAGCUUGCAUAAUUUUGGAGAUGAGAAGUAG